GUCUCCCUUCAUCUUCAGCUUGCUAUAACUAAUAGGGAUCAAGAUGAUGUGCUAUUUGAUUGGUCAGUUGGUUUUGUGCUUCAAUGAUUGGUUGUUUUAUGCUAUAAAUUGGUGAAAUAACACCAGAUACUUUUAUUUCGAUAGACAGUGUAAACACGAGUACAUUUCCAAUAACAUCUUCCUGGUUUAGAAAUAUUAAAUACAUCUUCAAGUACUUUUUGGAGAUGUACAUGUCGAAAAGUUUCCUCUUAAUCCUUAGCUUCUAUAUUCAUGCUGUAUACAGUCAAUCACAAUCUCAAUGUAAUCUUGAAAAUGUAGAAGACUGUUGUACUGCUGAAGCUAAGCUGAAUGCGAAACUUUAUAUUCAGACUGAUACUCAAGGAGCUGACUUCCAACAAGUACUGAUUUAUUACAGAGAUUUAUGUCAGUAUCGAACAUUAAUUGAACAAGCAUCAUACAUUCAACAACAGUAUGACAAACUUGCAAGUGCAAACUUAAAACAAAUGUUUACAACAACCACUACAACACCACCACGAACAACAACAAAACGUCCACUAGUAAAAGCUACACAGAAACCCAUGAUGGCGCCUACCAGACCACCGCGUCCUUAAUCACACUCAAAUCAUCGUAUACACACCUAAGUGAACAAUAUCAAUAAUUGAAUGAUGACAAGAAAAUGACGGUUGUAUUCUUUAGUUAACUAGAUAUAUAUACAUAUAUAUGCAUAAGUAGUAAAUAGACACCUUUUCUGAAAUGAAA